CCGAGGAGCGAGAGGCGGCCGAGGGGCUGGUCCAGGCGCGGCCGCUAAGAGGAGACCAAGAGGCGGGGGCUGCACUUGACAACCAGCAUGCCGAGAUGUCAGAAGAGGCAGAAGUGGAUGUGAGAGAAAGAGAGACACUGAGAGACAGAGAGCCAAAGAGGGCAAGAGACUUGACUUUAAGAGACUCCUGUACUGACAACUCCAUGCAGUUCGGAACCAGAACGACAACGGCUGAACCAGGGUUCAUGGGGACAUGGCAAAACGCUGACACUAACCUCUUAUUCAGAAUGUCCCAACAGGUUCCAGUGGCAUGUGCUGGCAGAGUGCUGGGUGCAGACUUUUGCCCAAACCUGGAGGAGCCAGACCAGAGGCUGGAAGUCCAGGCCAUCCGCUGCACACUGGUGAACUGCACGUGUGAGUGUUUUCAGCCGGGAAAGAUUAACCUGAGGACUUGCGAUCAGUGUAAACAUGGCUGGGUGGCACACGCCUUGGAUAAGCUCAGCACACAGCACCUGUACCACCCCACCCAAGUGGAGAUUGUGCAGUCCAACGUGGUAUUUGACAUCAGCAGCUUGAUGCUCUAUGGGACACAGGCAGUGCCUGUGCGGCUAAAGAUCCUGCUAGACCGACUCUUCAGUGUCCUGAAGCAAGAGGAGGUGCUGCACAUCCUGCAUGGUCUGGGCUGGACUCUGCGCGACUAUGUCCGGGGGUACAUCCUUCAGGAUGCUGCCGGCAAGGUGUUGGACCGCUGGGCUAUCAUGUCUCGAGAAGAGGAAAUCAUCACCCUUCAGCAGUUUCUGCGAUUUGGAGAAACCAAAUCCAUUGUGGAGCUGAUGGCAAUUCAAGAGAAAGAAGGGCAGGCUGUAGCUGUACCAUCUUCAAAGACAGACUCAGACAUCAGGACUUUCAUUGAGAGCAAUAAUCGCACCAGGAGUCCCAGUCUUCUUGCUCACCUAGAGAAUAGCAACCCUUCCAGCAUCCAUCACUUUGAAAACAUCCCAAACAGCCUCGCAUUUCUGCUUCCAUUCCAGUACAUAAACCCAGUCUCAGCCCCACUGCUUGGAUUGCCUCCCAAUGGGCUACUCUUAGAGCAACCAGGACUGAGGCUACGGGAACCAAGCCUUUCAACCCAGAAUGAAUAUAAUGAGAGCAGUGAAUCUGAAGUGUCUCCCACACCUUAUAAAAGUGAUCAGACACCCAAUAGGAAUGCCCUAACCAGCAUUACUAAUGUGGAACCCAAGACCGAGCCAGCCUGUGUGUCCCCCAUUCAGAAUUCUGCUCCAGUUAGUGAUCUGACCAAAACUGAACACCCAAAAAGCUCAUUCCGGAUUCACCGGAUGAGAAGGAUGGGGUCAGCCUCUAGGAAAGGAAGAGUGUUCUGUAACGCAUGUGGGAAGACAUUCUAUGACAAGGGUACUCUCAAAAUUCAUUACAAUGCUGUUCACCUGAAGAUUAAACAUCGAUGCACCAUAGAAGGUUGCAAUAUGGUCUUUAGUUCCCUCCGAAGCCGUAAUCGCCACAGUGCAAACCCUAACCCUCGCCUUCACAUGCCUAUGCUACGGAAUAACCGAGACAAAGAUUUGAUUCGGGCUACGUCAGGAGCCGCCACCCCUGUCAUAGCAAGUACAAAAUCAAACCUAACACUCACAAGCCCUGGCCGGCCUCCGAUGGGUUUUACCACUCCCCCACUAGACCCUGUCUUACAGAAUCCUCUCCCUAGCCAGCUGGUAUUUUCUGGGCUAAAGACUGUCCAACCAGUUCCUCCAUUUUAUAGAAGUUUACUCACUCCAGGGGAAAUGGUCAGUCCUCCAACCUCUCUCCCAACCAGUCCCAUCAUUCCAACCAGUGGUACUAUAGAGCAGCAUCCCCCACCACCCUCUGAGCCAGCAGCACCAGUCAUGAUGAUGGCUGCUCACGAGCCCAGUGCCGACCUGGCACCCAAGAAGAAGCCCAGGAAGUCCAGCAUGCCUGUGAAGAUAGAGAAGGAGAUUAUAGACACCGCUGAUGAGUUUGAUGACGAAGAUGAUGACCCUAAUGAUGGUGGAGCCGUAGUCAAUGACAUGAGCCACGACAAUCAUUGCCACUCCCAAGAGGAGAUGAGCCCAGGCAUGUCUGUGAAGGACUUUUCUAAGCAUAGCAGGACCCGGUGCAUUUCAAGGACUGAAAUAAGAAGGGCUGACAGCAUGACAUCUGAGGACCAAGAGCCUGAGCGAGACUAUGAGAACGAGUCUGAGUCCUCAGAGCCCAAACUCGGUGAGGAAUCCAUGGAAGGGGAUGAGCACAUUCACAGUGAAGUGAGUGAAAAGGUCUUGAUGAACAGUGAGAGGCCAGAUGAGAACCACAGUGAGCCCUCUCACCAAGACGUCAUCAAGGUGAAAGAAGAAUUUACAGAUCCCACUUACGACAUGUUUUACAUGAGCCAGUAUGGACUGUACAAUGGUGGGGGCGCCAGCAUGACUGCCCUGCAUGAAAGUUUCACAUCUUCUCUGAAUUAUGGCAGCCCUCAAAAGUUCUCCCCAGAAGGUGAUCUGUGUUCUAGCCCAGACCCCAAAAUCUGUUAUGUGUGCAAGAAGAGUUUCAAAAGCUCCUACAGUGUGAAACUUCACUACAGGAACGUUCACUUAAAAGAGAUGCAUGUCUGCACGGUGGCUGGCUGCAAUGCUGCCUUCCCCUCUCGCCGAAGCAGAGACAGACACAGUGCCAACAUAAAUCUGCAUCGUAAACUGUUGACCAAAGAACUCGAUGACAUGGGCCUGGACUCAUCGCAGCCCUCCCUUAGCAAGGACCUCCGGGAUGAAUUUUUGAUGAAGAUCUAUGGUGCCCAGCACCCCAUGGGGCUCGAUGUCAGGGAAGACACCUCCUCUCCCGCGGGGACAGAAGACUCCCACCUGAACGGGUAUGGCAGAGGCAUGGCGGAGGACUACAUGGUCCUUGACCUGAGCACCACCUCCAGCCUCCAGUCCAGCAGCAGCAUCCAUUCCUCCAGAGAAUCCGAUGCAGGCAGCGACGAGGGGAUUCUUCUCGAUGACAUUGAUGGGGCGAGUGACAGUGGGGAGUCAGCACACAAGGCUGAGGCCCCUGCCCUCCCUGGCAGCCUAGGGGCUGAAGUUUCAGGAUCUCUGAUGUUCAACAGCUUGUCCGGGAGCAAUGGUGGGAUCAUGUGCAACAUUUGCCACAAAAUGUACAGCAACAAGGGGACCUUAAGAGUGCACUACAAAACUGUGCAUUUGCGAGAAAUGCACAAGUGCAAAGUCCCCGGUUGCAAUAUGAUGUUUUCCUCUGUGCGAAGCCGAAAUCGGCACAGUCAGAACCCUAAUCUCCACAAAAACAUUCCCUUCACUUCAGUAGAUUAGUCUCAGAACGGACACUACAAAUGCCAGCUCUCACCAGAUGGCCUACAUAUUUGAACUGCCAUAGUCAGUGUGUGCUUGUGUACUUGGGGGUGUGUGCUUUGUGUGUGUGUGUGUAUACACAUAUAUGC